AUGACUGGAGCAGAGGGAGCAAGUUCAGGUAACCUUGUUAUGGGUUGUUGUGUGAUUUCUGGUAAACGUCUUUGUGUGUUGUAUGACUCUGGAGCGACACACUCUUUUGUGUCUGAAUCUUGUGUGCAAGAGUUAGGUUUGCCGGUGUGUGAGCUGCAGUUUGAUCUUGUGGUAUGUACUCCAGCGUCAGGUUCGGUUAGGAUGUCAUCUUUGUGUGUUAGGUGUCUUGUCAAAGUCGAGGAACACAUGUUUAAAGUAAAUCUAAUAUGCCUCUCUCUGCAAGGGUCGGAUGUGGUCUUGGGAAUGGAUUGGCUCUCUGCCAAUCGCGUUCUUAUAGAUUAUCGGGAGAAAAGGUUGUUGUUCUCAAAUUUAGAGGAGCCCGAGUUGUUAUCUUCUCAAGGUCAUGAUCUUCACACAUCUAGAGGUGGAGAAAGAGGAAAGAAUGUUAGUCAUACUAGUGGUGCGCAAGUUUGA